AUGGCUUCCAAGAAACCAAGCAAGAGCCGCGAGGCCAACCGCAAUGGUCAAAACUCGAGCGGCGACCAGGGUAAAGGUAGCGGCAAAGGUAUCACUAAAGGCAAGGGCAAGGAUCGACGAAAUGGAAAGAGACAAAGCGGUGAUAGCUUGCUCCAGUGCUUUGAGCGCCAUUCACGCUUCGUAGAAUCCUUGUCCAAACCCGACGCCAUUCCUCAAAAGUCUAAUCGCGAAUACAGGAGAUAUGAGAACAAUCAGAACAGGUUGGCAAAAUUAGCAAAGUCUCCGGAGGGACUUGAAUAUUGGCUAGCCGAGGAGAGACGGAAAGAAGAGGAAGCGAAGAGAAGGAACUCACAGAAAGCGAAGAACAAGGCCGAACAACAGGCUAAGGAUUCGCGGACACAAGAUAAGAGGGAAUACGCACGGCUUGUUCAUCAAUGGCACUUCACGGAGUCCGAACGUGGCAUGUCUGCGUUCCAAAAGUGUCUCAACCUCGAUCGACCAGCAGUCGACUCUUCAUCUCUACCUACACACUCGCUCGAGACUCCCGUGUGGUUCUCGCUUUCGUCGACCAACAUGUGCGAGAACUGGGGCCACGUCAACAUCCCCAACGGUGUUCUCUGCCUCGAAUGCGACCACCUCGCACGUUCCAAGCCGGCGGGUCGAUGUGUAGAGGUACCAUCAUUUGGAACAAACAGCCACUGA